CAACACGUUCAACAAGAACAAACAUCCACGGUGAGUCCUGACAGUAGAAAAGCCAAUUAAAUUCCACAUAUGACGGAAAGUGACUUCGGCCUAUCUCCGUCGCCGACCGCCUUCUCCGGACAGUUUGCCGGCCACCGAUCGUGACUCAACCGCUUCCAUUGUUUAGUCAGCAAAGAACGACCGGGGAGAAGAAAAUAAACAACAGAGAAAUCUAAUCGAACCUAGAAACUGUCUCUUCCAUGGAGUAUCGAACUUCGUCGACUGUCUACAAGAAAUAUUCAAAUGCUCGCAGUUUCAACGAUAGAUCGACGUACGAUGGCGUUUUUUCUGCUCCGUCGAAGCACGGGGCUCCGGUUUUCUCGGCUCGAGUCGAGGACUACAGAGAGAUUUUUGGCGGUUCGCGAGUUUCCUCGAUUCCGAUUCUUGAUGUUCCGGCGGUGAGCGACAAGAAGUUUCCGGUAGAUGUUCGUAGCUCGAAGGUUGAAUACUCGAAGAUUUUUGGCGGUUUCGAUGAGUUAAAUUUCGCCGUGCCUUAUGAGGAACUUCUGGCCGAAGCAAACAAAGCAAAUUCGUUUUCUAAGGAAACUCGGACUUCAGCUGGAAGAGGAUCCGCAGCAACAGAAAAUUCUUCUCAGUAUGAAAAGGAGAAUAAUUUUUCCACGCGUGAAGCAUCAUCUCUUCCAUUUGAUAGAAUGGAGAAGUUCAGCGUGUCAUAUCAAAAGAUCAACCAAGGAAGCAAAAGUUAUGCGACAGAGACAGCUCAUGUAGCUCUUCCCCAGGCCAUUCCAGGUUUUUCAUGUUUAAUUGAUGAACAAUCUCCUGUGCAGAUGUGUGUAACUGAUAUGCCAACAUCCGAAAAAUUGAAGGAUAUUCACCCAGAAAAAGUUGGGAAUGAAGUGGAAAAUAAGCCAGAACUUCCAAUUUCUGGUGACAGUGAACAGACGUUUAGAUCAAAUAAUCCUACUAAUCGUCAAAACAGAACUGGCUGGUUUAGAUCAGAUUCAGCUGAUAAGUUAUUCAAUGGAUAUGAGGUGGAUCAAGGGGUACACAAACCUGAAACUCCACUGAAACAUAAUUUUCUGCCUAAAUUUGGUAGAAGUGAUGCAUUUUCAGGAAAAACAACUGGUUUAAAUUCUGAAACUUUUGAACACUCUAAAGAUUCUUAUGACGUUUCUUCACCUUCAUAUUUUGGGGAGGAAGUUGAGGUGAAUCCAGUUGCUGCUGCCUCAGUUGCAGCUUUGAGAAAAGCAAUUGAUGCUGCUCAGGAAAGUAUAAAAAUUGCCAAGGAGUCGAUGGAAAGAAAGAAAGCUGCCAAACUUCAAAAGCAUAAAAAAACAAGAUCUUCUAGGAUCCUAAAUCCUGAAGAGAGAAAGGAGGUAAGCACACGCCAAGAGAAGGUGGCUGGUAAAACCAAUGGAAAAAUGGAUCCUUCAGAGGAAGAAAUUGCUGAUAGCAGGGAGGAUAAAUCACCUGCAGAAUGUCCUAUCACUCAAAGAGCGGUGAGGGAAAAUUUAAAUGCCAUAGAACCAAAUUAUGUGGAAUUGAAGUCAACAAAAGUUGAUUGUAGGGAGGAAGAAGCAAAAGAAUUAGAUGCAACAGAACAAUUUUAUGAACCUAGGCAUUUUGAUGAAGAUGAGGCAAAAAGACUGGAACCUCGAAAGGAGGACAAUACAAAUAGAUAUGGAUGGCAAGGAAACAUUGGAUCAAAGGAAACAUCUGAGAAUCCUGGAGAAUAUGGUGAUAACUUGGUAAUAGUCGAUAAGACUAAGGAGCCUGAGGAAAAUGGCAUAAACUUAAGUGUAGUCAAAGGCAUUCUUAUGAGCAAACUAAAAUCAGUUCUAGGUGUUAUUGGGAAGGAAGAAGAUAAAAUAACACGUCGCCAAGACCAGCUAGAAGCUGAAAUGAAAGCUGAGGCAUCCAUAGAACAUGAAAAGUGUGUGGAAUUGCCGGAAGAACUUCAAGUAACAGAAGAUCACGAGGAGUUCUCAAUCUGGGAGAUGGGGGUAAAUAAGGACAGGGAGACCCAAGUUAAGGCUCAUCAAUGGGUAGUGGAGAAAGAUAGACCUAUCUGCCAACAAGAAGAAAAAGAGGGAGAAACAAAUGCCUUCCAAAUUGAAAAUGAUGUUGAAAAGAUAUUAGAUAAAUCUAACGAAGAGGAAGGAUUUAUAAAUUGUAACAAUGUCUUCCAUGAUGGCGAAGAAGCUCAAGACAUGCUAGAAGAUGUUGAAUCAAAAGGAAAUGAAGAACUUCAAGAAAACAAACGGGAUGAUGAGAUGAUUGAAGGGCUUCCUUUUCAUUUGCGCAAUAAUGAGAUUGGACAUCAUGUUCAAAGACAAAUAAACAUUGGUGAAUGUGCAGUACACGAGAACAUCGUACAAGCAACGCCAGACAAUCUGAAUACUGAGAAUAAAAUUGAACUAGAAGAUGGUUUAAGUAAGCAGGAUGAAUGUGAUAACCUCUCAGAAGAUCAGGAUGCUAAUAAUUUCAUAGCUAGUAUGGAAGGGGUAGAAGUGAUUACCGACCAGCCUGAAUAUCGGGAUAUUGAUAAUUCAAUGGAGUUAGCUAAUAUUGCCUUGGAAGUUGUGAAUAAUGAACCUGAGGCAAUUACUGAGGAGGGUGACGUGGAGGAGAGAUUGCCUUUUAAAUUGUUUUCUAUGGCAGAGGAUGCACUUAAACGUAGAGUCAAAAUGGAAAAUUCAAAUGCAAGCCCCAUUUCAAUCCAAAGUGGGUUAGAUUUUGGUCUAAUCGAUUUGAAAUUAGAGCAAAUGCAACAUGAUGCAUCUGUGAACUGGUCCUCAAUCUUUUGCAGUUUGGAAAAUGCUGAAGGUAUGGCUUCUGAACUUAGAGGAAUUGAGAGAAAUAUGGAGAAAAUUGAAGUUUCAAUUAUUGAAGAAAAUGAUGACGAUUCAAAUGAAGAAGAGAUACCUAGUAAUGUAAAUAAUACUGAAGCAGGUAACCAACCUAGCAUAAAGAUAGAUGACAACAAAAUCAGUGAAGAGGUAGUGGAGAAAACCGCAAAUACAGGAGCAACUGAGAACCAUCAAGCAACCAUCGAAGUAGAAGAAAGUGAAACUUUUUAUGUUUUGAAAAAUGAAAUGCAGUUGGAAUUUGAUGAGAACAAUAUUAGAACCAGUAGUCAAUCUGGCAUGAUUGACAUGGACUCGGAAAUAGUUCAUGACAUCAAAACAUGUGAAACUCGAGGAGAAAGUGAGGAUAGUUAUCGAGUAAUUAUGACAGAGGAUGAAAUGGAAGCUAGUGACACGUCUGACAAAGAGCUGGAAUACGCAGUUCACUUGGAAACUUCGGAGGAAGCUGAUUCGCCUGGAAGUUCAGGAAGAAAAGAAAAUUUAGAAAAUACAGAACAGGAGAUUAGUACUGGCCAGAAGGUAACAGAAAACGAGAAUCAUCGAACAACCCCAACAAUGGGUGAAAUAGAAAUUAAUGCUGACAUGCAGAGAGAAGCAGGGAUUGAAUCCAAAUUCGACAAUGAGACAGAAGCUCAUGGUUUGCCUCAACCUAAAGAGGAGUUGGCUGAGAACUCAACAAAUCAAAGUAUCUUAGAAAAUGGGGAGAAUCAUCAAGCGCCCCAAUUAAUGCAGGAGGAGAAGGUCUUCCAUGAGAAAUUUGAGAAAGAUGCUGAAGUGAUAAAGGAUCGGCUGAGAAAAAUUGAUGAAGCAAAAGGAAAGGAAAGAGAGAGGGAGAGAUUAGCUGUAGAAAGAGCAAUUCGUGAGGCUCGUGAAAGAGCAUUUGCAGAAGCCCGAGAGAGGGCUGCUGCCGAGAGAGCUUCUGCUGACACUCGUCGAAGAGUAAUGGCCGAGCCACGUGAACGCCCAAGGAAGGCUUCCAUUGAGGCAAAUCCUAAGCCUUCUGCCGAAAAGCAUUCAAAGGAAGCCAAAUUAAAAGCUCAACGUGCUGCCGUUGAAAUGGCUACUGCUGAGGCAAGAGAGCGUGCUUUAGAAAAAGCUAUGUCCGAAAAGGCUAUUUCCGAGGCGAGAAAUCUGGCUGACAAGAUUGUUGCCGAAAAACUAAAUGGUGCAGCUGGAGUUAGUAAAGUAAAGAAGAGCUUUUCAUUUAAUGACUCUCAACCAAAAGGCCAAUGUUCUUCCAGCAAUUUCAGGCAUGCGAAUUCAUUCAACCUUGGAGGUCCCGACGCGUCAGAGAGAGAGGUGGGAUCUGCUGGGGAAUCUGCACAGAGAAGUAAAGCCAGGUUGGAGAGGCAUCAACGAACGGUUGAGCGUGUGGCGAAUGCUCUUGCAGAGAAGAAUAUUCGUGACAUUCUCGGACAGAGAGAACAGGAAGAGAGAAAUAGACUAGCAGAAGGUCUAGAUGCUGAAGUUAAACGGUGGUCAAGUGGGAAGGAGGGAAAUCUGCGUGCAUUGCUUUCAACUCUACAAUAUAUCCUCGGGCCCGACAGUGGGUGGCAGCCAGUCCCUCUAACAGAUAUUAUCACGACAGCUGCUGUCAAGAAAGCUUACCGUAGGGCAACUCUUUCGGUCCACCCUGACAAAUUGCAGCAACGGGGUGCAAGCAUUCCACAAAAGUACGUAUGCGAGAAGGUUUUUGAUCUUUUGAAGGCUGCUUGGAACAAGUUCAACAUGGAGGAACGAUUAUAACGCAGUCGAUCAACCUAGAUUUCCUUAUAAUUGCAUGAGCAUUAUCAUGUUUGUAACCAUUGCAUAUCAUUUUAUGGUAGUUAUGAUGGGAAAAGCCACACAAUUCUUUCGAUCUGUCAUCGAGAGACCUUUUGGUCACAAAAACCAAUAUUGGAAGUGUAAGUUGACUGUCAAUCUUAUAUAUAU